GGAACUUAACUUCCUACAUCUCACCUCAGACAGAGCUGCAUUUGACUUCAAAUGGAUCUUCAAAGACAGCGUUGUUUACAUGAAUAUGAAGAUAUUUUAGGCUCUUCUGCGUUGAGAAGCUGUUCUGAACUGGAUUACAUUUCCUGGACCAGACCUUGCCUGAACGAAGCACCUGGAGGACUCAUUCAAUGAAUAGAACAUCACCAAUGGCGUGAUUACCCGCUUCAUUGUCUUUGCAAUGGAUGAUAAAUCCAACAAACUCCUUUUAGUUCCUGUUUUGACCGUUUUAUUCAUCAUGAUCGGCUAUCAGUACAUCUGUCCAGCAGGCAGCACGUCUUGUCGGUUCGGGAAUGGAGAGAGUUUUCCGUUCUCCAAACAUCCCGCAGACGUCAAAAGGGAGUCUCAGCAUCCUGAUGAAGACGGUUCGCUUCGAUUCCGGUCCAAAUUCAACUUCUCACGCGACGAUCUCGAACGCCACGUGGAUUUCGACAUCAAGGGGAGCGACGUUAUUGUGUUCCUUCACAUCCAGAAGACCGGGGGAACCACGUUCGGGAAACACCUGGUGAGGAACAUCCACCUGGAGCGCCCGUGCGACUGCCGCUCCGGCCAGAAGAAGUGCACGUGCCACCGGCCCGGGAAAGCGGAGUCGUGGCUCUUCUCGCGCUUCUCCACGGGCUGGACCUGCGGUCUCCACGCGGACUGGACCGAGCUCACGAGCUGUGUGCCUGCUGUGAUGAAUAAAAAGCAAAAGAAUGAUGCGCCGUUGAAGCGACGGAACUUCUACUACAUCACGCUGUUGCGGGACCCCGUGUCACGCUACCUGAGCGAGUGGAAGCACGUGCAGCGCGGUGCCACUUGGAAGACGGCGCUACACAUGUGCGACGGGCGUCCACCGACCCCAGACGAGCUGCCGGCCUGCUACAGCAGUGAAGACUGGACCGGUGUGUCUCUACAGGAGUUUAUGGCCUGCCCGUCAAACUUAGCCAACAACCGCCAGACUCGCAUGCUGGCCGAUCUCAGUCUGGUGGGCUGCUACAACCUGUCCUCCAUGAGCGAAGAACGGCGAGCCGAGCUGCUCCUGAGCAGCGCUAAGCGCAACUUGCGUCGCAUGGCCUUUUUCGGUCUGACUGAGUUCCAACGCAAAACACAGUUCCUUUUUGAAAGGACGUUCGGCUUGCACUUCAUUGCCGCCUUCACUCAGAUUAACGGUACCCGUGCGGCCGGGGUCACGGUAGGAGCUCCCACUCGCCGGCGCAUAGAGGAGUUGAAUGCACUGGACAUGAAGCUGUACAAGUAUGCGCGGGAGCUUUUCUUGCGACGAGUGCAAUACUGCCACCAACAGGAGAGGCAGGAGGAGCGGGAGAGGAGGCGAGAAGAACGCAGGAGAAUGAAGGAACAAAAAGCAUCACAGUUUAAAGGACAGGAGGAGGACGAAGGAGACACAGAAGAGGAAAUGGAGAUAACGCAAGAGGGAACAGGUGUGACAGAGGACUAUAGUAGUCAGGUGGUGAGGUGGUGAUGCCAAUCUGAUGCUUUUUCUGUUUGUUUCCCCUUCAAAUCAUCUGCAUUCUGUCCAACAGGCCACCUCAUCUUCUGUUUGAUGGUCAGUGAGUACAGGUCCAUCUAGGAGCAACUUUGUACCAGCAAUUUACCCUUCGCUAAGCCCUGCCUAAUAAGGUUACUGACCAAUCAUUCUAGGGCUACAUGAUAUGGCGGAAAAAGACAAUAUGCGAUAAACGUGCUGGAUACUGCGAUGGCGAAGUGCGAUGCAAUAAACCUAAGGUUAAUGAGUCAAAAUGUUAUAAAAUUAUUUUCAAGUAGAUUUAAAUCCCAAAAACAUUGACAAAUCCAAUGGACAUGAAGUGACAUUCUGUAAAAAGGUAUUAUCCAGCAUUAAUGGCAAUCAAAUGGAAAUCUAAACAAAAGGUAAGCAACAUGAACUGUUUACAUGUGCAAAAUGCAACCUGGUCUCAAAGAAUCAUGCUACUAUAACUACGUUUUUGCUAAAUGACUUUUAUGUGGCUCGUUCUAUGUAUCGCGGCAUUUUCCCAGUGAAGUAAAACACUAGAGGUGCUACAAUAACAACUUGAGAUGAUAGUGUCAUAAAAGCACCACAAAAUGACGUGGUUGCUUCAGCAAUUGCGUUUUUCACCUCACAUUUGCUUUUUAUGAUAGUAUCGGUUAGGUUUAAGGUUUAGGGUAGAAAUGUUUUUUAUUUUUAUUAUUUAACACAAGAUCAAGAGCACUAAUCUUAAAAACCUCAUCUAUUUGGGAGAACAUUUAACUCGCUUUUAACGCCACACAGUGGACAUUUCACCUGGGAACUGCCGCAAUACAUGUACCAUAUAAUUUCAUUUAAAAAAAUGUUUUGACACAGUCAAGUGAUUUUCAUAAUAUCAGGUUGGCAAAAUUACAUCUCAAGAUAAAUAUUAAGGCUGUCGAUUUAACACGUUAAUUCAGUGUGAUUAAUUCUAUUAAAAAUAAUGCGUUCAAAAAAUGUCCGCAUUUAAUCAUGUCCCCGGACCGUAAUAAGGAAUAUUCAUACCAUCGUAUCAAUUUAAGCUUGAAGUACCACCUGUUUUCUCCAGGGGGCAGUAAGCAAAACUCCAGCUGUAUAGGCAACAAGCAGCUUAUACAGAGAACAAACCACUCUCACCACACAAGAUGAGGACGGACGCGUUCUUGUAUUCAAACACAGCUUUAUAGUACACAAAUCCGAACGCAUCCAAGUUUUAAACUACAUUUAAACUGACACAGCAACCUAAAAACAGUAUGUUUAUGAGGCAACGCAACCAAAGUGAGAUGCUCCAAAAGCAUAUGUCUGACGCAGGUGUGCAUUGACGAGUCCUUAAACAAGCCCUUAAAUCUCGGACUGAUUGACAAAUUCAGUUGCAAAAUGAGUUAAUUGCUGUUAACUGUAGGCCAAUGAUAAGCUUAUGUUCAAUAAUAUGGAAGUAAAUAAUAUAUUGGACUCUAAAGCUCAUUUUUGUAUUGUCUUAAUGCUUUACUCAUCUGCCAAAAUAAUGUAAUGCAUUUUAAUUAUAUGAAUAUAAUUUUUUAUAAUAUAUACGUAUAUAUUAUUUAUAAUUAUUUAAAUAUAACUAUAUAUAAUUAUUGAAUAAUCAUUUUGAAAUUAUUGUUAUUUGAGGUGAUUUCUCAGUGAAUAUUUAAAUAUGCAAUUAAUUAAUCUGCAUACCAUGUAAUUAAUUCGAUUAAAAAAUUUUAUCGAUUGACAGCGCUAAUAAAUAUAUCUCUGCAUCUUUAUAAACUUUACGGGUUAAUACAUUCAAAUCAUAUUGCUAACCUGGCAGUUUGUUUAUAGCGAUAAGAUCAUUCGCAAUUUAUAUUUAGAAAUAGAUAUAUUGUACAGCCCUUAAUCAUACUCAGCAUGUGUAGCCACCUGUCAUACUAUCAGUCUUUGGAACGGCUAUGUGUUUGGACAGUUUUAAAUUAAAUUUUAAAUUAAAUUUUAUACCGAAAGUAUAAAAAAAUACGGUUAAAUGUUGUUGUCAGGCGAUGACACAAGAAACCGAACACUUGUUAUUUUUUUUAUUCAAAUCCGUAUCCAAAUCUUGCAUGCUUUUAGCCCACAUUUCCAAAUAAACAUGUAUAACAUCAGUAAGGACACUUACAUGUGCUCCAAGGUAAAUUAAUGUUACUAAUUUAAUUUUAAUUCAUUUAUGUAUAGAUUUAGGUUACAGUAGAGGUGAUAGUAACUAAAGAGUUCAUUAUUGUACGUUUGAAGAAACGUUAUGUUCACUUACACAAGAUGAGGCAUCUCUUUUUAGUUGACUGUGGUAAGCGUUUUCCUCAAUUCUAGCUUGGAGUCUCCACAGCUUGCAUAAUUUAACUAAUUCUUUUUUAAGAAAGAUAAAAGAUGCUUUGCAAUGGCACACUUUAUUCCAGCAUUCAUACAUAAAGUAUAAAUAAUAUAUAUAACAUUUAUUUUAUAUUUGGCUGAAAAUUGCGCUGUUUACAGAACUCUCAAAUUCAUCAUCCAAUAGGACAUUCUGCGUCUGUGCUAGCAAUAAUAACCAAGCAGGGCCGAGCUUAGUGAAGGGUAAAUUGUAAUUUUAAUCCAUUCAAAGGAAAUUGGAAACAUGUUUCAAUCUGCUUAAUUUCUAUUCCACACAUCACAAUAAAUGUGGCUGUAUACUUUUUUUGUCCAUGUGUGAGACUUGACCGAGAGACAAUGAUCAAUAAUGAUAACAGAUUAGAUUUAAUAUGAUUUAAAAUGAAUAUAAUGGCCAAUGAAAUGAUCUAAGAAAAGGAACAGAUGAAUGUUAUUUAAUUGCAAACCUUGUGGUUCAUCAUAUUUUUGCAGUACUGUACCAAACAGUCAUACUUGAUGUAUAUUUUUCUGUUUUUGAAAAAUAACAGUGUGUGUAAGGGACAGGUGAACACACAAUGGACACACACAUACAAGAGGUGUGACUUGACUAUUUUGUCCACUUGAAAAUCUUUAUGUUUGCUUGUUUUCUUCAGUUUGUAAAGGAGGUGAAAUCACGAGAUAUUUUAAUUUAAUAGAAUGAGAAUGAGGUUUGCAUGGUCACAACUACAGGUGUUAGUGUAUUUGUUGUCCAAGUGUACUUACUGAGUCAAAUAAAAAAAUACAGUAUA